UUUUUUUGCAAUUUAAUUUAGUUGAGUUCACUCUCUUUCUCCUUUAUUUUCAUUUUCCUCUCCUUUUUAUAUAUAUAUAUAUAUAUUUAUUUAACAUGUCAAGGAACUUGACAAUCUCAACACAAAAGAAAUGGAGUCCUUCACCAGAUAUGGCAAUACGAGAAGAAGAUGGUGAAGAUGCUACUUCACAACACCUUAUUGAAGAAGAAGACGAAAGUGAAGAAGAAGAGGAGGAGGAGGAGGAAGAAGAAGAAGAAGGUUCUGAUUUUACUUCUUCUCCCAGUAUUCCAGAUGAAAAUAUCAAUUUUGAUCUUGUGUAUACACUUCAUACAUUUGAAGCUACAGUAGAUGGUCAAGCAUCCGUCAAAAAAGGGGAUGCACUCACCUUAUUGGAUGAUUCAAAUUCGUACUGGUGGCUGAUUCGCGACCUGAAAACGUCAGAAGUAGGUUAUAUUCCUGCAGAAAAUAUUGAAACACCUUUUGAAAGAUUGGCUCGAUUAAAUAAACAUCGCAAUGUGGAGGUGAAUAAUAGUAAUAAUAAAAAGAUAUAGCAAGGCAUGACUUAUUUUUUUUUCUAUUUAUAUAGCUUACUUCAUUAGAACAAGCA